UAUCAACCCCAAUGGCCGUAUUCUCCACGUUGUGUGGUUGAGGUUUCUCAGGAUGUAGUGUGUACGUUUCUACAUGAUCACUCCUGGACGGAAAAGUCCUGAGGAAGUAUUGGACGCUCGCGUUCACUUAGCGCGAUAGGUUCAGGCAGAAGGGUUCACGACGAGUGCGUCUAUGGAGGGGACAACAAGGGUAUGCGUCACGGGAGGUUCCGGUUACAUAGGUUCUUGGAUUGUCAAGAAGCUGUUGGAGAGAGACUACACGGUCCAUGCCACUGUUAGAAACUCAGGCGACAAGAGCAAAGUCGGGUUCCUCAAGAGUUUUCCUAAUGCAGAGAGAGGGUUGGUGUUGUUCGAAGCGGAUCUGUACAAUCCUCCUGAUUUCGAAAAAGCAAUUCAAGGGUGUCAAUACGUUUUUCAUGUGGCCACCCCAUUGCACCAUGACCCCAACAGCUCUAAGUUCAAAGAUACAUCCAAGGCAGCUGUCGCUGGAGUAAAGAGCAUCGCGGAGUCCUGCAUCAGAUCGGGGACCGUGAGACGGCUCAUCUACACUGCUACUGUUCUGGCUGCUUCGCCGAUGAAAGGCAACGCAAAAUGCUUCGCUGAGGCAAUGGACGAAUCCUGCUGGACUCCCCUCGAUUUCUCAGUUCCUGACAGCAAUUACCGAUUCAUGGAGGACUAUGUGAAAUCUAAGACGCGAUCAGAGAGGGAAUUGAUGAAGUACAAAGGGGAGAUUGAGAUAGUGAGCAUUGCUUUAGGCUUGGUGGGAGGAAGCACAACUCGUCCUGCCUUGCCUGAUAGCUUAAGAGUGCUCAUUGCACAGGCGACGAACAGCAGAGCUUCGUACGGGAUUUUGAGGCUUCUGGAGGAAGUGAUGGGCAAAGUCCCGGUGGUGCACAUCGAAGAUGCCUGCGAGGCGCAUAUCUUCUGCAUAUCGCAGCAGCAUUCUAUCAGUGGCCGGUCCUUAUGCGCUAGUGACUAUGUGAAGACCGCCGAUAUUGCCCAGUAUAUCAAGGAAAGCUUCCCGGAAAUCCAGAUUCCUGAAGAGUUCGUCGAGGACACGGGAAGAGAGAUUGCUUGGGGAUCGUCGAAGCUCGAGGAAAUGGGGUUCAAGUACAAGUAUGAUCUCAGGAUGAUAUUAGAAGAUAGCAUUAAUUGUGCUCGGAUGUCCGGGGAUAUAACCUCCAAUACUUGUAAUCUGGCUUCAAACUGAGUCUUCAUUUGUUUCACGAAACACGAACGGUUUGGAAGAUGAUGUUUUGAUUGAUUGUUCAAGAAGGGAGCACAUCAUUUCGAUCGCCAAUUUUCCUCUGAAUCAAAUUAUCUUCUCUGAAUUUUGACAAAAGACAGUAGUGAACAUUUUACAAGCUGUAAUCUUGAAGUCAGAUAUCUUCCUAUGAAGAUGUAGUUGUACUCCUAACUUUCCGAGAAUAAGCUCAAUCAAAUUGGACAAAAAAAGGGGGAAACAACAAAAAGAAAGGACAAAAGGGUACAAAUAUUACACAUUUGUUUGGUGAAAUCUAAGCAGAAACUCCCUUGGCCAUCAUAGAGGGGACCAUACUCAGAUGGCCUGGUGGGUCACCUCUUUCAAUGAUGUCCACGACCUGAAAUUCGAAUCGUCCUCUACUCCUCCUGAACAAACUCACUACAAAGCUCAGCCUUAUCAAUCAUUAGAAGAAAUCCGGAUUGAAGGGAAAAUCCAAGUCGAAAUCGACCUUGCUUAGCGAGAAACUCGCAUCCCCCAUCGGGGAAUUGGUGACCGAAG